UCCUGCACUCUCAUGAACUCAUUUCCGUAACUUCUCCCUGAGGUCAUUUGUGUAAUUCUCGUUGCUCACAUUUCUCUUCAUCAGCCGCACCCCAACAUCAUCGAAAGAACACCUUACCCGCUAGAAUGCUUUUUCUUCGUGCAGAUACAGAGAGGUUUUGCAUUGAAAAGAUCUCAGACUCUUCUUAGCUGAAUGUUCCCUUAUCCAUUGCCUUACACAGAAUCACCUGGCCCGGCUGGCCGUCUUAGCAAUCAAGCACGAUUGAUGUUUUCAGUCAAGAGACAGAGAUUCUUGACAUCCAGUUUUCUUAUCGGACUGACCCGGCGAUGGAUAUGUACCAAUAUGGGACCAACCGUGAUGAGCUUUGGCGAUGGAAGUCACGGAGCUUUAGGCCUACCAAUGUCCACAAUGGGUUUAGGUUUUGAUGCUUACGAGCCGACUCCCAUUCCGUGCCUGCCUCGUGAUGUCACCAGCAUUGCUGCUGGCCACUUUCACUCUCUUGCCGUCACUCGUAAGGGCCAUGUUUAUGCGUGGGGCCGUAACCUCGAAGCUCAGCUUGGUCGCGAUCCUCUUUCUCCUAGAUCUGGAAGCAUUGAGGAUGUGGGGAUGUUGUUUACACAAAGUUUGCUCCUUUGAGUAGAUUGCAACACUAAUGUAUGUAUCCUUUAUUUUCUUCCUUCUCUCGAAUUUAAUUCAGAGAAACAUGGAAUGAACCGAAGAGGGUAGAAGGGCUAGAUAAAGUGAGAGUCCGAGCUGCAUUUGCUUCUGGUGUCGUCUCUGCUGCCAUUGCAGAGGAUGGAUCUCUUUGGGUUUGGGGAAGUUCUAAUAAUGGACAACUAGGCCUGGGUAAAGGACUUUCCAAGGCUCAUAUACCCACCAGGGUCGAAACACUUGCUGGAGAACAUAUAGUUAAGCUAUCAUUUGGUUGGGGGCAUGCCCUAGCAAUGACCAGAAGUGGGAAAUUGUUUGGCUGGGGAUAUUAUGCAGAUGGUAGAAUAGGGAAGAUUGGGAAAGAGUUAGAAAUUUCCCCAUUGGAAUCUAAUUCUCCUCAGUUUAAAUCAUUGGAACAUAAUUUGUCAGUGGAGGAAGCUGCUGAACAGUCGGUUUUUGACGCCAUGGAGAAGGAAAAAGAUAUGCCUGUUAUAUGGGAGCCUGAUUUAGUUGAGGAACUACAUGGGUUGAAAGUUGAAGACAUCGCUUGUGGGCUUGACCAUUCAUUAGUUGUUUGCAGUUCCAAUUGGAUCCUCACCAGUGGGCAUUUAGGACUACAUGAUAUGAGCACACAAUUUUUAACUUGAAAAACAUGAUUGAAUAUUGAAUUUCAGAUGAUGGAACACUUUUAAGUGGUGGAAGCAAUGCAUAUGGGCAGUUAGGAAGGGCAAAUCAAGAUUUGGGAAUGCACACUGUUGACAUAGGCUUUCGUACCUUGGGUAUAGCUUCGGGUUUAGGGCACUCUUUGGCAGUUUGUGAAGUUCCUUAUUCUGAAGUAGCAUCAGGUGUUGGAAUUAAGGUUUUUUCAUGGGGAUGGAACCAGAAUAGUCAACUUGGGAGGCAAGGUCCAAGCCACAUCCCCCAACAGGUUGAAGGGCUGGAUGGUGAGACCCCUAAGUCGCUGUCAGCAGGUCGUGCACAUUCUCUUGCUCUCACUGCAAAGAAUGACGUUUGGGUGUGGGGUUGUGGUAAAAAUGGAAGAUUAGGGUUAUGUAGUUCAACCGAUGAAUCAGAACCAAUGAUUGUAGAUUUCUCUCAAAGUUAUGAAGUUUUGGAAGCUGUGGCUGGCUUAGAUCAUACACUUGUGCUUGGAGAAAUUUCUUGUUGAUUUAAUUUUACAAUGCUUUCCUUUCUUAGUUUCUGUAGCUUAAAAGAACAAAAAAUGUUGACAUUAGUCCACUUUGGUCGAUGACUAUUAUGGAGUUUUGAUUUUAUUUUGUAACUUUUGUUUUGUUUUGUUUCAGAUUUUUUCAUUUAUGGUGUUAUUUAUGACGCGAGAAUCA